AAGGAACUCAAAAGCAGAAGAGACAGAGCAAUGAGCACGACUCGCUCCCUUACCUAACCACCCUCCCACCAGGCAUCAACCAAACCAGACCCAUCACAAUCACAGCCGUGACGGCUAAAUUGACAGAUAAACCUCUUCGGUCCUAAUUGAUUUCUUAGGAUUUUCUUACUGAUAAUUUGAAAAAGGACACAACUUUUAUCUACAAUCGCUACAGUAGUUACCAACCCAGAGUCAGAUGCUAUAUAAAUGCUGAUGCUCAAUCUCUUUUGAUUCAUAUUUCAGAGUUGUUGGGUUUUCUCUCUUUUUUCUCCAAAUCCAAAUAAGAUCCACCAACCCUCCCAUUCCUUCAAACUUCAAAGAUACUCUGUACAAUGGCUGGUCCUUUGAAUAUAACUAAUAUUCCAUAACAGAGCAUAUUGCGUCAACGUUAGCUCGUUUCGUGUUCUCUUUCCCUUUUGCUUUCACUAUUCAAUCUUCUUCUUCAAUGGGGUGCUGUUGAAUUCAUUGCCAAAUAAUUCCCACCAACUGCUCAAUCUAUCUUACCAACAUUGCUUGGGUCUCACUCUUUUGAUUUUUUGUUCAAAUGGGAACUGUUGGAAUAUUUGACAGAUCGACUCUGAUUUGUGCUCCAUUGGUGGCUCAAUCCGUUGAGCAAAUGGUGAUUGACAUGAAGCAGGCGAAGGCAGAAGGUGCGGACGUGGUUGAAGUCAGGUUGGAUUAUAUAAAGAAUUUCCAGCCUCGCCAAGACCUUGAAAUUAUCCUCAGAAAUAAGCCAUUGCCAGUCAUGAUCGUCUAUCGGCCAAAGUGGGAAGGUGGUCAGUAUGAAGGCGAUGAGCACAUGCGGGUGGAAACACUUCAGUUAGCCAAAGAACUGGGAGCUGAUUACAUCGAGUUUGAGCUCAAGGUGGCUUCAGAUCUUAAGGGAGAGCUGAGAAUGAACCAUCACAGUGGUAGCAAAAUUAUUGUUUCAUGCUAUGUGAAUAGUAUGGCUUCUUUAGAAGAAGACCUGAACCAUCUUGUCGCAAGCAUGCAAACAACUGGAGCAGAUAUCAUCAAACUUGUUACAAAUGUAACUACUAUUACAGAAAUACCAAGAAUUUUUCAUCUGCUCUCACGUUGCCAGGUGCCACUAAUUGCAUACUCUGAAGGCGAAAGAGGUCUUAUAAGCCAGUUACUGUGUCGAAAAUUUGGUGGUUUUCUAGUCUAUGGAUCUAUCAAAGGAAAUUCAGAUCCGGGUCUGCCUACUUUAGACGGCCUUAUACAGGCUUACAAGGUUGACAAUGUAAAUGCAGAUACUAAAAUUUUUGGGCUCAUCUCCAAACCAGUUGGCCACAGCAAGGGCCCCCUGCUGCAUAAUCCUACGUUCAGGCAUGUGAACUAUAAUGGAAUAUAUGUCCCAAUGUUUGUCGAUGAUCUCAGGGAUUUCUUUAGUGUCUAUUCAAGCGCUGAGUAUGCUGGAUUCAGUGUUGGGUUUCCAUACAAAGAAGCUAUAAUUGGGUUCUGUGAUGAAGUCCACCCACUUGCUCAGGCCAUAAGUGCUGUUAAUACUAUUAUAAGGAGACCUAGAGAUGGGAAGCUCAUUGGUUAUAAUACAGACUGUGAGGCUUCAAUAACUGCAAUUGAAGAUGCUCUUAAAGAACAGGGAUGCACUAAUGGGGAAGCAUCUUUCAGUUCUCCUCUUGCUGAGAAACUAUUUGUGCUAGCUGGUGCUGGAGGUGCAGGAAGAGCCUUAGCAUUUGGUGCCAAAAGUAGAGGGGCACGGGUGCUUAUUUUUGACAUUGAUUUUGACAGAGCAAAGUCUCUUGCUUGUGCUGUAUCUGGUGAAGCUCGGCCUUUUGAAGAUAUAGUUAACUUCCAGCCAAGUAAAGGAGCAAUCCUUGCAAAUGCAACACCUUUGGGGAUGCAUCCAAACACAGACCGAAUUCCUGUAUCUGAGGCGACCUUGGCGGAGUACCAGCUUGUCUUUGAUUCCGUUUACACACCUAGAAAGACCAGGCUAUUAAAAGAUGCUGAGGCUGCAGGAGCCAUCAUUGUGGGUGGAGUUGAAAUGUUCCUCCGGCAGGCCAUUGGCCAGUUCAAUCUCUUCACAGGUGGAGAAGCACCUGAAGAGCUCAUGCGGAAGAUCAUCUAUGCAAAGUUCUGAUGUAAUGCAUCAAACAGAAAAUGUUGCAAUAUGUACUGUUAUGCACCCACUAUUUAUUGAUGGAAUCUGCAUAAUCGAGUAAUUUGCAUUGCUUUAAGUAUUGAGUCAUUACAUUUAUUUCCAUUCUUGAUCAAGUUAAUUUACUAUUUU